GCAUCUACCGCAGCAAACGGAUCAUCAGUGAAGCAUUUGCAUCGAUCAAACUAAGAAGCAUCCAGUCGGCAGCAGCUUACCUAGUCGGUGGUGCAGUUUUCCGUUGUGUUCGCUUUGCCGUACGCAGCUUAGUAAUAGUAGCUCCACACUGACCCACCCCCCCAAAGCGCCGUCGUAAAAGGACUUGGAUCCUUGCAACAAAAACAAAAAAACAAUCGAAAUUACAAAACCGAGCGUACGAAAUCUAGCAAAAGACAGAAUGAAGACGUUUGUGCUGUUGAGCUGUUGUUUGGUACUGGCUUCCGCCCGACCGGAAGCAGGAUACUCAUACAAUCGUCCAUCAACUGGCGGCUCGCACGGUGGUGGUGGUGGUGGCGGCGGCUACUCGUCCGGCGGUGGUUCCUUCACAUCCGGCGGCGGUGGCGGAUACAGCGGCGGCUUCUCAUCCGGUGCCGGUGCUAGCUUCGGUGGCAGUGCAGGAGGAUUUGGAGGAUCGUCGUUCAGCUCGAGUGGUGCCGGUAGCUUCGGCGGUGGUGUAAGCAGCUUCGGCGGUGGCAGCAGCUUCGGCGGCGGUUCGUUCGGCGGCGGCUCCCAGCAGGCCAUCAUCCAGAAGCACAUCUACGUGCAUGUGCCACCGCCAGAGCCGGAGGAGGUGCGCGUGCAGCGCCCGAUCCAGCUGGCUGCCCCGCAGAAACACUACAAGAUCAUCUUCAUCAAGGCACCGUCGGCGCCGUCGUACCAGGCCCCGCAGAUCCCGAUCCAGCCCCAGAACGAGGAGAAGACGCUCGUGUACGUGCUGGUGAAGAAACCGGACGAGCAGCAGGACAUUGUCAUCCCGACGCCGGCACCGACCCAGCCCAGCAAGCCGGAGGUAUACUUCAUCAAGUACAAGACGCAGAAGGAAUCGUCCGGCGGUGUGUCGUCCGGUGGAUACGCGAGUGCGGGCGGUUUCGGUGGCGAUCUCGGCGGUGGACUCGUUGGCGGUGGAUUGGGCGGUGGCGACCUCGGCGGCCAUGGUUCGCUGGUCGGCGGUGAUCUCGGCGGACACGGCGGACAUGGUGGUGACCUCGGCGGACAUGGUUCGGGUGCUUCCGCACCGGCCGCCCAGUACGGUCCACCUGGCAAGUCCGGCCCGUACUAGGUGCUUUGUUUGCUGCACUCGGCAUAAAAAAGGAAACACGCACACAAACACGCAAACACACAACGGGACCACGUAGCUAGUCGUAACCAUCACACUGUAAAUGUCCCUUUCUGGGUUUUCCCUUCAUCAGUGCGUACCGCUUCGAAAGCAAACAAACACUCUCUCUCUCUUUCUUGCUCUGUUUUCUCUCUCACUUCCGGUUUUCCCAUCUUUUCCAUUUUCUCAAUUCUGUGAUCGAUUUCGGAGCCUUCUGGGCAGCACCUUUGUAUAUAGUCUCUAGCCAUUUUCCGCACUGUUUAGCGACCAUCGCUAUUCAGAUUCUUUAUCGAAACGCCUUUUUUCUAUUGUGCUGUGUGUGUGUGUGCAUCUGCAGUGACUUUCUUACCGAUCCAGGCAAGAAGUGUCAGUACGGAUGAACAUCCCCAAAAGGCGACGAACCCGACGCAAAUUGAACGGAAAGCGAUGUAACGAGAUCGGAGUGAGGGAGAAGUAUAUUUCGGCGCGCCACUAAUAGAGAAACACCGGAAAGGGAAUUGAAACACGCGUCCCCAUCACGCCCUUUUGCCAACCUCUCUUUGAAAAAAAAACAUCCGAGUGAAAAAACAAAUCUCCGCCGAAUUCUUAAUAACGUGUUAAGGAAAAUGUUUUUUGUUUUGUUUUUUUUUAGUUGUCUUUAUUGUUUGACAUAUUUGUCUUCCCUUUUUUCCCCCCUAUUUAGGUUUAAGUGUAUUGUUAACUACUCACUACGUUAAUUUUUGUACUUCUCGUUUUUCAAAAUGCAAAUUAAAAAAAAAACAACGGUGACAAAUUUUGAAAAAACGAAUCCUAUUUUUUCUCUUUUUUUUGAGGG